GAAAAAUAGAAGAGGCUUAUCGCAUGUUUGCUUCACGCAAGCAACUAAAUGUGAGAGAGAAGGAUAAAAAAAAGAAAGAGAGAGAGAGAGAUGAAGAUCGUUUUUCUUUUUGCUAGCUUUGUCGUCGCGUGGCUUUAAAGACUUUCUUCUCUAUACUCUCCUAUUUACCAAACCCUAAUUCUCCUCUCUUCAUUCCUUUUUCUCACAUCUUCCUCUCCUCUUCAACAACAACAAAUAAAAUCUCCUCAAUUCUUCUCAACAAAUUCCAAACCCUAAACGAAAGGAGAGAGAUACGAGUCAAUCGUGGGGUUGUCAUGAGCGGCGGUGGAAACACGAUCACCGCCGUGGGAGGUGGUGGUUGUGGUGGAGGAAGUAGUGGCGGGGGAGGAGGAAGUAGUGGCGGCGGUGGUGGUGGGCCAUGUGGUGCUUGUAAGUUUCUAAGGAGAAAGUGUGUUCCGGGUUGCAUAUUCGCACCAUACUUCGACUCGGAGCAAGGCUCGGCUUAUUUCGCGGCUGUGCAUAAAGUGUUCGGAGCCAGCAACGUCUCGAAGCUUCUCUUACACAUACCGGUUCAUCGACGGUCAGAUGCAGUGGUAACCAUUUGCUAUGAAGCUCAGGCUCGGUUAAGGGACCCUAUUUAUGGUUGCGUCGCUCACAUCUUUGCUCUUCAGCAACAGGUGGUGAAUCUACAGGCAGAAGUUUCUUACUUACAAGCCCAUUUGGCAUCCCUAGAGCUACCACAGCCGCAAACGCGAGCACCAUCUCUACCGCAGUCACAACCGCUCUUUUUCACUCCUCCUCCACCUCUUUCAAUAACCGACUUACCUGCAUCAGUCCUACCUUUACCGUCAACAUACGAUUUAGCCUCUAUAUUCGAUCAAACGACGACGUCGUGGGCUACACAACAACGAAGAUUCGUUGAUCCACGUCACCAGUACGGUGGAUCAUCGUCAUCUUCCUCUGCUGCCGUGGGGCUCGGUGGUGGAAAUAGUGACCUUCAAGCAUUAGCACAUGAGCUCCUACAUAGACAAGGAUCUCCCCCGCCAGCAGCCACCGACGACUCGCCGUCUCGGUCUAUGUCUAGAUGAUUUUGCCUUUGAUCGAUAUAUCUCCCUUUUGUUAUUAGGAAAAUUAAAUUACUACUUAAUAAGAUUUAAUUUUCUUCGAUUAUUAUAUAAGAAACUAUUGAUUAUAAAAAUUCUAAACAGGACUAAAUCUGUAUGUAAAAUAUACACAAAAACAGGUUCAAUCAUUUUCGUUUUUGA